AAUCACGAGGAAGCAAGAGAUUUUUACAACUGUCAAUGAAGGGUAUGGGAGUUGUCACAUGAUCUCCAACCGUACAAUCCAGGGACCAUUUUCAUCUGUAUGCCUCGUGUGAUUUUAUUUCUACUUAUAGAGAUGACAAGUAGCCUGUUCGAAUAGUAUUGUUGAUUAAUUCUCUAAUAUAUAAAAAGUCUUUCUAAUAUCUUAAAACUUUGUGAGUACUCUAGUUUUUGUUUGAAUCAUUCAAGCCGCAAAACCAGGUUUGGAAGCGAAGAAUGAAGAAGGAGCGAGCAUCAACUCCUUGAGUGAUUCAAAAGGCCAUUCGAUGCUUUUUGUUGUUUGAUUUCUUUACUGUUUUGGGAGAAGCUGCUCAUGCGAUGAUUAGAUCAUGUUCCUUCGUCUGUUUCUGGGUUUCUUCCUCAUCUUCUUCUUCCUCGCCUCCCUUUUAGGUGUGUGUUUCUAACUAGUGAAAUGCAAACUAUAAGGAGGCUGGAGCCCUGAGGGUAAUCUCUCGAUCAGCAUUAUUAUUGCAGAAUACAUGAUGACAAUGUCGUCAUCAGAAGGAUACCGGAUCGAAGACAAGAAGAAUGGCAGGUGUACUAAGGAACAGGUGGCCGAGGACGUGGCUUCAUUGGGAUCUUCGUCUCAGGCAUGCUCAUCCUUUGACUUGAAUGAAGAAGCGAGCAUAGAGGACAAGUACGAUGAAACAGAUCACUUUCAUAUCAUGGCUGAGGAGCAUGAUGAUGAGAAAGCAAAGGAUGAAGAAGGUGCUUCAUCUGAUGAUAGAAGCACGUCCAGGGAAGGGAAUAAUGAAAGAAGAAGUGUGAGACAAUAUGUAAGAUCAAAGAUGCCUCGCCUUCGAUGGACUCCUGAACUACAUCUCUCGUUUGUUCAAGCUGUUGAAAGGCUUGGUGGUCAAGAGAGAGCUACACCCAAGUUGGUGCUUCAGCUAAUGAAUGUGAGAGGGCUUAGCAUUGCUCAUGUCAAGAGUCACCUGCAGAUGUACCGAAGCAAGAAACUUGACGAGGCCGGGCAAGUUGUAGGUCGAACGCACAGAUGGAGCCAAACGGAAGGUGAUCUCAUUUCUCAGAUAUGGCAUUAUCAGUCUGCGAGCCCUCACCAGUAUAAUUUCAAGAUGGGAAACGGAGGAAUCAUCCUCGCAAGUAAUUGCAAUCACGACCACCAGACUAGUCUCUUUCCUCCCUCCUUUGCCCUAUCACGUCCACACACAAAGCCUGCAACUGAUUCUUGGCAGCAACAGUGGAACUUGAAUCAUCAACCUGCAGGAAGACUAAUAGUCAACCAAGAAGUGAUGGACCCAUUAAUGAACAGCAAGAUAACGCCCCUGAGACGCAGACAAUUUCCGGAAGAAAAAAGGUGGCCUCCACUGGAGAUGAUGAAGGCUCAUCAAAGGAAGUUAAAAGGGUCGCCUACCAAUUACACUAAUGCGAGCUCAACACCAGAUAGUGACAGUCUCAAGCUAGAUUAUGAACCCCCGUUUCGGAUCGAGCUGAAUGGAGCGAUGGUGCGGGAAGAAAAGCAAUGGCUACCUGAUUUGCAAUUGGGGCUGAGUCUGGGAAGUGGCAGAGACACCCAAGCCCAAGAAAUUAGCACUGAGCUUUCGCUUUCUUAGAACUUCUAUCCAUAGUCUUUUAAUUCUUGCAAAGAUACACCACAACAUUCAAAUCACGAACUCGGGCCAGACUUUGACGAAAAAGACCAGAGUAUAUAUAUGAGCUUGGUAGAUUAUAGGACUCCCCCCCCCCCCCAAUUGUUGUCAAGUAUAGUAGGAUUUUCUUUUUGUUUUUGGGGUAAGCUGUGAAGUAGGAUUUUUGACUGUAAAUGAAGCGGCACCAAGCUGCAGAACCAUGAAUGAGGACGGGGCGGGCCACCGGUUUAAAUUCAUUUAAAAAAAAUUACCUUUUUUCAAAAAAC